AUGAAAGGUUCAUUUUUUGGCAAUCGUGAUGUAAUGGUGCCCACUAAUGACCAGGAACUGGAUCAACAUUGCACUACAAUACGCGAAAGUCUCAAAUGUCUUCAGGGCUUUACCAACGACUGUCUCAAAGGGUUUGUACAGACGGCCAUUAAAAUGGCGACUGGAAAUGCAGACAAACAUUUGUCCAAACGGUGUGACAUCAAAAAGGACAGGGAUGAGUUUCUCACAAAUGCCAAGUGUCUGACAAAUAAAGACAAUAUGGAACCAUUUCAUGUCUGUGCUGAGAAAAACUCUGUAAUGAUGGAGAAGUUAGUAGACGUGGCUCUUGAGGACCGAAUACCUGCCGGUUGUUGUAUAUUUCACUCAUUCCAGGACUGCAUCCGAACUAAUAUGGAAAAGAUUUGCGGCGACACCUCCCGUGACUACUGGGAUGAAGUCAUCAAUGAUAUUGUAUUAGACAUUAUAAAAAUUAGAUAA